AUGCAGUCUAACCCGUCAUCCAUCUUCUAUGGACAACAGGGAAUGCCAGCAAUCGAAAGAUUAACUUUGGAAGGCAAUGCGCAGCCCUCGCAGGAAGAGAUGCCGCCAAUUGAAAGAUUGAUCCUGGAAGAGAAUAGCCAGGAAAGGUCCGAGGAGAGCGAUAUCUCAGAUGUCCCGUUUGUGGUCUAUCCGAAACACCCGGAGCGGCGAAUGAUAACCAUGUUCAUCCCCCAGGGAACAGGGACAUGCAUCGAUAUAGGAUGCGUACUUAGGGCAUUUCACGCCGAGAUUUUGGAACGACUGUGGAUAGGAAAUCUCUACCACCGUAGAGAUCUGAGGUGCCGUGCACCUGGUCCGAAUUAUGUCUUCAGCUUCUGGCCGGCUUCCUUGGAUCCUGUGAAGUACCAUGAAGAGGCUGCCAAUAUUCUGUCCCAGUAUCUCGAAUAUCAUUCUACUGACGUUAUGAUUCUUCCAUGGUCGAGCUCAGAAAUGUAUUUCGUGUUGGACUUGAUUGAAUGAUGACGUCUAGUUUGAGGUCUAAAUUUCUGAGCUCUACAGUUUUGAGGCCUACUGGCAAUUUUUCUUUUGUCUUUUCUUUUUCACAGCUAAUAUAGCUCCAUGCUAAUAAAUUGAUCCUUUU